AUCGCUUAACGCUGUUAAAGGAGUAAGCGGUAUAUUCCCUUUUCGCGUGGUUCUGCUAGGGUUCUUGCGCCUUUGGAUCUGCGAGGGCGGAGAGCACCGCCGGCAAUGCCUCUGUCCCUGGGAAUCAAGCGCAAGCUUGCGCAACGAUCAGAGCGCGUGAAAUGUGUAGAUCUCCAUCCCACAGAGCCAUGGAUCCUCGCGAGUCUCUACACUGGAAGCAUCUACAUUUGGAAUCAUCAAACGCAGGGCGUGGUCAAAACAUUCGAAGUCACAGAGCUUCCAGUCCGCUCGGCCAAGUUCAUAUCGCGAAAGCAGUGGAUAGUCGCUGGUGCCGACGACAUGUACAUUCGAGUCUACAACUACAAUACCAUGGACAAGGUCAAGUCGUUUGAAGCGCACACGGACUACAUCAGGUGCGUCGUCGUCCAUCCGACACUGCCCUGCGUUUUGUCAUCCUCGGAUGACAUGCUCAUCAAGCUCUGGGACUGGGAGAAGGGGUGGACGUGUAUCCAGAUCUUCGAAGGCCACUCCCACUACGUGAUGCAAGUCGCUCUCAACCCAAAGGAUACUAACACCUUCGCCAGUGCCUCUUUGGAUCGGACCAUCAAGAUAUGGAACCUCGGAUCUCCGGAGCCAAACUUCACACUGGAUGCUCACGUUAAGGGCGUAAACUGUGUGGAGUAUUUCACCGGCGGUGACAGGCCGUAUCUUAUCACGGGAUCGGAUGAUCAGACAGCUAAAGUUUGGGACUACCAGACUAAGGCUUGCGUUCAGACGCUUGAGGGACAUACGCAUAAUGUUUCCGCCGUGUGCUUUCACCCCGAGCUACCAAUUAUCAUCACGGGAUCAGAGGACGGCACGGUGCGGAUCUGGCAUACUACAACUUACAGACUUGAAAACACAUUGAACUAUGGGCUUGAACGUGUCUGGAUGAUUGGCUACUUAAAGGGAUCAAACAGGGUGGCUAUUGCGUACGAUGAAGGAACCAUAAUGAUCAAAAUUGGAAAGGAGGAACCUGUAGCCAGUAUGGACAGCAGCGGGAAGAUAAUCUGGGCUAAGCAUAACGAGAUUCAAACUGUAAAUAUAAGAGCCGUGCCGACAGAUUUUGAGGUGGUUGAUGGAGAACGUUUGCCUUUAGCGGUCAAAGAGCUUGGUAGCUGUGAUCUUUACCCACAAAGCCUGAAACAUAACCCAAAUGGAAGAUUUGUGGUGGUUUGUGGUGAUGGCGAAUAUACAAUUUACACCCCUGUUGCCUGGAGAAACAAGUCAUUUGGAUCUGCUCUUGAGUUCGUUUGGUCACAAGAAGGGGACUCUGCUGUGAGGGAGAGCACUUCCAAGAUCAAGGUCUUCAAUAAAGCGUUUCAGGAGAAAAAGAGCAUGCGACCAGCCUUUUCAGCUGAAGGAAUUUACGGUGGAUGUCUUUUAGGAGUUCGCUCGAAUGACUUCGUUUGCUUCUACGACUGGGCCGAAUGCCGAAUGAUUCGUAGAAUUGACGUUACAGUGAAGAACAUCUUUUGGGCUGACAGCGGGGACCUGGUUGCCAUUACAAGCGAAAAAUCCUUCUACAUCUUGAAAUACAACCAUGAUAUUGUUUCCGAGUACCUUGACAGCGGGAAGCAGAUUGACGAGCAAGGAGUCGAGGACGCAUUUGAACUUUUGCAUGAGAUAUCCGAGCGCGUGAGAACUGGCUUAUGGGUAGGCGAUUGUUUCAUUUACAACAACUCGUCAUGGAGACUGAACUACUGCGUUGGAGGAGAGGUAACUACUAUGUAUCACCUGGACAAGCCAAUGUAUUUGCUUGGCUAUCUGGCAAAUCAAAGCCGAGUGUAUCUGAUCGACAAGGAGUUCAAUAUUGUCAGCUACACGCUGUUACUUGGCCUGAUCGAGUACAAAACACUCGUUCUACGUGGAGAUAUUGAGCGAGCGCAGGAAGUCUUGCCAACCAUUCCGAGGGAGCACUUAAACAGUGUUGCCCAUUUCUUGGAGUCACGUGGUAUGCUGGAGGACGCCCUUGAAGCGGCAACUGAUCCGGAUUAUCGAUUUGACCUUGCUGUGCAACUGGGCAAACUCGAAGUUGCAAAGGCAAUCGCUGAGGAAGCUCAAAGCGACUCAAAGUGGAAGCAACUUGGCGAGCUAGCUAUGUCUUCCGGGAAGCUCGAUGUAGCGGAAGAAUGCUUAAAGCAUGCGACCGACUUCAGUGGCUUGCUCCUCCUUUAUUCCUCUCUGGGAGAUAAGGAAGGUUUGGAGAGCUUGUCAAGCUUGGCCAAGGAUCAAGGGAAGAACAACGUUGCUUUCGUCUGCUUGUUUCUCCUUGGGCGACUGGAGGACUGCGUUCAACUCCUAAUUGACAGCAACCGCAUACCCGAAGCGGCAUUCAUGGCAAGAACAUACUUGCCCAGUAAAGUAACCGAGAUCGUAGGACUUUGGCGGAAUGAUUUGAAAAAGGUCAAUGCAAAAGCAGCAGAGUCUCUGGCCGACCCGACCGAGUACCCCAACUUGUUUCCAGACUGGGAGUGGGCAUUGGCCGCGGAAGCCAAAUGCGCGCAGGAAAGGGCGGAGUUGCCACCUGCGAAGAGCUACCUGGAGUACCUGGAGAAGAGGAAAGUCGAUAUCAUAGAUGACUUGAAAGCGUCGAGUGGAAGCGAAGGUGUUUUGGUUGGAGACGGGCACCAGGAGGAGGAGGAAGAGUAUGUGGAAGAGAACGAGGUCGGGGACGACUUUGUGGAGGCCGAGGCCGUAGUUGAUAAUGGUGGUGAAGUCCUCGUUGGCGAAGAAGAGGUAGCUGCAUAAUUUAUAUCUUUGGUGGAGGUUCAUUCUUGUAGAAUGGUGUAACUCUGGUGGAACACAUGAAUGGCAAUUUAUGUCAUUGAGUUUUUGA